AGCUUUCUUCCCUUGCCAUUUGCUAUUUAUAUUAGAGUCAUGUCAAGUGAAACGCUGCACUGAACGAGUGAUUCCGAAGCCAUACGUUCGUACGUUUGUAAUCACAGCUGGGGAACUUGUUCAGAGGAGUAUGGCAGCCCUUUCGGUCCAAAAGAACAUACUGCCAGAAUUCUCCGAGAGGGAAAAGAAACAUUUCCGUGAGGCUUUCGAGCUCUUUGAUCAUGAUGGCAGCGGUUUCAUCACCACUGACGAGAUUGGAGUUGUCAUGAGAAGACUGGGGCAGAAUCCUUCCCCUUCAGAGCUGGAGGAUAUGAUUAGAGAUGUUGAUGCUGAUGGGAGCGGUCACAUUGACUUCAACGAGUUCCUGGUUAUGAUGUCCCAAACAAAAGAAAAAGGCCACCAGGCGGAGCUGCGCCAAGCAUUCCGGCUCUUUGACGCAGAUGGCGACGGCUUCAUAACAUUUGAUGAUUUGAAGAGGGUGAUGCGCAACUGUGGAGAGAGCCUUUCAGACACUGAACUGAAAAACAUGUUCACCAAAGCAGAUAUUAACAGGGAUAAUCUUGUUGACAUGAAAGAGUUUUCGAGGAUUGUCAGCAACGAAUAGACGGACCUCCAUCCAGAAAUUGUGGACGAGCGUGAAUAAUUUGUGGCAGUUUUUCUUAAUAAUCUGCUUCGCUCAAAUUGAUGUACAUCUUUCAAGUAAAUGCAUGCAUUCUAUGUUUUUGGUAAUCAGUAUUUGUAAAUUAGACAAAUGAGAAUUAGCUCGUCGUGUCUUCUUGGAACACGAGAAUUGUAAACUAAACAAUAAAAUGUUUACUUUGUGAGUA